UGACAGGAACGUCUUGAUUGGCUGGCCGAGAGGGGUUCCCGUUUCAAACGUGCUUGGCGACCGGAACCGCGAGAAAAACGAGCUGGAGCCGUACGAGGCGAGAAAGCUUUCGAGCCUGGAAGCCGAAGUCCGGCGGAAGUCCGGCGGCACGGAGAAGAAGCCGUCGCCGGUGACCAUGAGAGGAGCAGCGAAACGCAAGGUGGUGACUUCCGGGAGGCUGACCGGAGGAGUCAAAGAGCAGCCGCCCAGGAGACAAGUGACUCCGAAUCCAGGGCCACCAGCCCACCCCGAGCCGGCCUACUCUCUGUACUCCACAGACUCAGAGGACCAGGUCGCCACUCUCCACGAGGGCCUGGACCGCUGUGCUGCCUUGCUCGGUGGCAUCCUUCGGGCUGACAAGGCAGCCUCGCCACGCCUCCUUAAAGCAGUGACAGGUGGAGCGGCCAAAUCGAGACCACCCCCCUCGCUGGGGAAGAAGACCAUCAAGAAACCACCGAGAAAGACAGCUCCAGUCCAGAGGAAUUCUCAGUCAGGCCAGCGUGGAGCAGGAUGCACGACUCCGAGAGCGACACACCAGUUCACCGCUCCAGCUGCACACGCAGGGGUGACGCUGCAUCCGCCUCAGAGGCAUCCUGCCGCCCCGCUGCGGGCUCAUUUGCCCCCGCCCCUGACCUCCAUCCUCCCUUCUGAACCCCAGUCAUCUCCUCGGCCGCCUCUCCGUCAGACCGACGGCCUGUCUGCCUCUGAAGGGCCACACACUCACUGCAAAGCAGCGCGGGACAGAGAGGGGGAGGAGGAGGACUUUGUGCCCGUGAGAGACAUCGAUACCCAAAGCACUGCCGCAGACACACACACGGCUGUCACACGCAUAUACACCUGUACCGCCGACAUGUCAAACAUGCAUCUGGAGCCGGGGCAGGUCGCUGAAAUCCCUCAGGGGACACACAGCGGGGAAAACUGCAGCGCAGAGACAGAAGUGAAAGCGAAGACAGUCCAGUAUCUGCUGGGAGAACUCAAGGCUCUGAUUGCUGGACAAGGCAGUGUAGCAGAGAGACUGCUCAGUCAUCUGGAGCAGACAGUGUCCUCACCACUGAUGAAUGUCGGCAUUUCAAACAUCCAGACUGAGCGUGUUCCAGACCUGUCACCACUACACAACCAGAACAUUGAGCUCCGCAGGCACGUGAGGAUUCUGAAACAGCAGUUAAAGGAGAAAGAGGAAGCAGAGGAACAACAGAACAUGGAGACACUCCAUAACUCAGAAGUGAUGACUCUGCAGGAGGAGCUCACCGCCGCUCAGUCCCGACUGCAGGAGCUCCAGGAUGACCUCGCAGAGCUACGGAAAGCCCUUGAGGACACGCGGAGCCGGCUGAGAGGCAGAGAGGCAGAGAAUGCCGUUGUCGAGACAGACUUGGAAGCAGCCAGGAGCAAGUUGGUGGACAUGGAGCGAGAGAAGAGUGAGUUGGCCUCCCUCGCCCAGCAAAGACUGGAAGAGAUAGGAAACCUUAAGAGGAUCCUUCAGGACCGGGAUUCCUCAGAUUCUGCCGACGCUGCUGACGGCUCGGUGCCGGGCGCCCUGCGUCCAGCAGAGCCGCCCACUGAGCGCAUCACUCAGUACCUGAUGUCUCUCGGCCAGCGGGACCCCCCACGCGCUGAGCAUGAGUGCGUGGCUGCAGAGAGGGAAGGAAGCCCGCUAGAGAACCAGACCUCAGUCCACCUGAGGGACACGCCGUCACAUGCUGAUGUCGGAUCUCAGCAAGGCGACGCGCCCGCAGAGACUCCAGCCCCUCACCACAACUCUCAUUCCCAGCAGGCACGCUGUUCAGGCGGAGUCCAGUCGUGCGGGCCGCGGCCGCUGAACUCCACGCUGUCCCAGUGUGACGCGGAGUCUGUGUGGUCUGAUUGGAGCAUGAGGUCAGGGUCGACCUUUGACACCAGAGACGAGGCAGCGUUCAGAGACGGCCUGGCAGCACUGGACGCCAGCAUAGCCAGUCUGCAGAAGACUAUUCAGCUGGAUUUGAGGGGCAUGAAUGUGCAGCUGCCAGUCUCCUCUUCUACCAGAUCCCAAAGGUGUUCUACUGGGUUCAGAUCUGGUGACUGGGGAGGCCACUGAAGUUCAGAGCUCAUUGUCAUGUUCAGGAAACCAGCUUGAGACGACUUUUGCUUUGUGACAUGGUGCAUUAUCCUGCUGGAAGCAGCCACUAGAAGAUGGUAAACUGUGGCCAUAAAGGGAUUCACAUGGUCAGCAACAUACUUAGACAGGGUGUGGCAUUCGAACCAUGAUAUAUUGGUAUUAGGGGCCAAGAAAACAUUCCCCACACCAUUACACCGCCACCAUCAGCCUGGACUGUUGACACA